ACGGUUGAGCGCGAGAUCGACCAAGCUAAGCGCGCGUUUGCUCUCAAAAAAUACGAGGAGGCGGUAGAUCACUAUGCGAGUGCUCUGGAAAUUCAGACCACGAAAUACGGCGACCAUGCGCCUGAAUGUGCUGAUUUAUACUUUUCUUAUGGGCGUGCAUUGCUAGAAAACGCGAUUUCGCAAAGUUCGGUGUUAGGGAAAGAGCAGGCAGAGGAGACUUUGGCAGAACCAGGUUCGGAUGCUUGCAAGAAUGGCCCCAUCCUAUCCUUCUCUGGUGAUCCUGAAGAUGACGAGGACGGUGCACUCGGCGAAGAGACCACUGUUGACCUGUUUGCAGAAGCAGUGAAGAUGGAGCAAGAAGAGCGCGAGGAUGAGGAGGAAGAGGGAGCGGAUUUGGCUGAACCGGAGGACGACUUCAAUGCGGCCUGGGAGGUUUUGGACCUUGCCAGGGCCCUGUAUGACAAAAUGCAGGAUGAGGAUGAUGAAACGAAGCUCAAGCUAGCAGAUACGUAUAUCGCGCUCGGCGACGUUUCACUGGAGACUGAAAAAUUCGAUCAAGCUAUAAACGAUUACACCGCCGGCCUGGCUAUCAAGACAGACCUGUUACCCAUGUCCUCUCGACAGAUCGCUGAAGCUCACUACAAGCUCAGUAUGGUGCUCGAUCUGACGUCUGGCCGGCUAGCAGAUGCCAUCACGCACGCCGAAAAGGCGUUAGAGAGCAUUGAAGCCAGGCUAGCCGAAGUCCGACUGGGGCUCAGUGGCCAGCUGAAAAUCGAGCCGCCGGAAACCGCUAAGACUGAGGAUGUCAAGGGGAAGGGCAAGGCUACUGGCGGCCGUCUGAAGCGCGACGACGAUGUGAAGGACAUGACGAAAGGUCAGAUGGAGUCAGAACUGAAAGAUUUGCAAGGGCUAAGGGAGGACCUUGCCCAAAAGGUUGAAGAUCUCAAGACCAGUCCAUCCGAGGAGAAUGCAUUGGAAUCAGCUCCUGCCCUAGUCGCCAAGGCAUUGGAUAAGGAACUGGCAACGGCUCCAAGCGCAUCAGUGCUCACACAGGUCAACGACCUAACUUCGAUGGUGAAGAAAAAGAAAGCUCCGGAUGCCAAUGGAACAAACGGUGUAAACGGCACAGCUAAGCGUAAAGCUGAGGAUGCCGCCGCUAGCCCUGAUCCAGAGAAGAAACCACGGGUAGAA